AUGGUCAGAGGCACGACUUCGAGUACAUUGUGGCCCAGCAGCCAGCCGGGGGUGCCACUGCGCGUGACGCACUGUCUGCGGUGGAGGAGGCAUUGCCCAGACCUGCCAGCGGCUGGACCUUGGUGCUCAUGCCAUCGGUGUCGCUGGUCUGCAGCGGCAAGGAGGAGAUGCGGCCCUUGGCCACCCUGCUGUCGCAGCGGGGGCAUCGAUGUUACAUUUUGGAGUGGCCCGGGUGGACACAGCACGUGA